CAAGGCUGGACAAAAAGGGUCAAGGUAACCAACUUGCGUCAAAAUGGCGGACGAUUCAGGUUUGUUCAAAUUAAAGUUUGUUUUUUAAAUUAUUUAAUUGUUGACAAUAUCUGGUUACUUUAGUAUACCACUGAACAGCCUUUGCUCUAUACAAACGUUUCACCUUGCCUUUGGCUCUAACAUUAUUCCAUGUUUUCUUCAUAAGAAUUUUGUUAAUAUUUUUAUUAACAUUUCGGUUUUUACUUUCCUUGUUGAUUGUUGUCCUUUGACUUACCAUGACUUACCAAGUUUUUUUUAGCCGGCUAAAAUGCGUGACUAAUAAAAAAAAAAGAAAAAAAAGAAAUCCUUAUAAGGCUAAGGAUUUGCCCUUAGUAUUUUCAGUGCAAAAAUUAGGCUAUAUUAGUAUAUUCUCAUAUUUGAGGGGCCCACUCAAUAUGUCUUAUAUGUACUGAUCAUUCUGGCUCCUGGUUUAAAUUCAGAGUUUGCCUUCUCUUAGAUGGGUUGCCGUCAAGGCCAACGAGUCCCAUUCACCCGGGGUGCUUGGGAUGUUGGCUUUGGUUGGGAUUGAACUCUUAGAGUUUAGACCGCUCGGCCACCCAGCACAUACUCACGGUGACCCACCACUAACCGGAUGACUUGAUGGUUCUUGUCAAUCUUGACAGACGGACAACGAUAUAUACAUAUAAAGGUUAAAAAAAUGUGCAGUUAGCGGCAUGGGUUUUGUCAAGAGUAAGAGUUGUCUCACCCUAAGCCACCUUAGCACAUUGACGUCACUUUGGUGAAUCCCAAAACUGGACUUAGGACUUCAGGUGACAGGAUGAACAGUUAGACCUGAACAAUCAUGAGAGUGAUAACUUUCCCAUUCUUCACUGAGCAUUACAGAAAAUAUGAAACACAUUUUAAUUUUUAAAAUUAAAUUUUUUAAAGUAACUCUAAACUGUGGAAAUCUUGGAAUAAAAUUAAAUAAAUUAUAAUAUAUAAAUAUUGUCUAUUAAUGAAUUCAACAUUUUUAAGGUUAGUUGAGAGAUCAGUCACUUGCUACCAGUUGCUUCGUUUUCUUCAGCUUAGUUCUAGUAAUAGAUAUCUAGUUAAUAAUAUUGUUGUGAAGCUUAAGUCUUAUAUAAUGGCAUGUAGAAAAAAACCUAUGCACUAUAUAAGAGUUUUGCAUUCUUUAAACGUCACUAAUUCUAGUUUCAAAUCUGUCAUUAAAUGAGUCGUAGGCCUAUAUAUUUAUCCUGAUUAUUGUGUAUCUUUUUUGUUUACUUAGUUAAUGAAUAAUGUUUUCAGAUGUUCCACCUCUGGAGGAUAUGACACAGGUUUUGAAGAAAGUAGAAACUCUGAGAGAAGGAAUACUAAGUCAAAGCAAUGUAGCAAAAUCUCAACCUGCAAGUGCAAAAGAGAGAGCUAAAGUUAGAAAGAACACUUCAGCUCGUGUUGUUCAGCCUGAGCGAAGUGGUAAUACCAAUGAAGGCAAAGUGCAAAUGGUGAGUUUUACCAAAUACAUUGUACUAUGAUUCAUAAUCAUAGCAUGCUCUAAUAAACAGUGCUGUAGUAUAAGUGCUAUAAUAUACAGUACUAUAGUAUACAGUGCUAUAAUAUGCAGUAUUUUUAAAUGAGUUUUUCUGGUUACCCCAAUUCUUAAACAGUGCGGCCAGCAAAUUCUAAGUUCACUUAUAUUUUAAUUGAAAUGACAUGCUUUGGGUGCUAUGGGUUAAUUUUUAGAGUAAAAUGAGCUCACAUCUUCACAAUAGCUCAAAAUGUAGUAUUUUUUUGUUGUUGCAAAUACUUUAUUUCAUACCAGAACAUUUGUAAUUUAUGCAAGUUGGACUUGGUCCCUGACCAGAAAAGUUGAGAACCUGCUCAAUACAUUGGAUAGGAAAAUCUUCAGGAAAAUAUAUGGUCCAUAUGAUGGACAAUGAUGGAUGGAGAAUGCAUAGAAUUGCUCUAAGAUUGCCAGAUUGUAGAUCAGCAAAAGUGAUCUGUAGGCAGAUUCCAUCGGUCGACCAAUACUGAGAUGGAUUUAUGAUGCAGAUAAGGACCUACAUCAGCUGGGGGUACACGCAUGAAAGCCAUGGAUCUAUCUGAACAGAAUGAUGUGGUGGAGCAGGUCACGCCCUACAUGAUGGGCUGUGGUGCCACUGAUGACCAUGAUGAAGAAUAAUCAUUGGUCAACUUUUUUUGUACCAACUUGGUCUGAUGCUGAUUAUUACAUUUUUUUUAAAAAUUGGUGCCAUCAAAAACUUUUAGGUGUUAAUUAUUUUUUUGUUGCCCCUAGUUAUGUGUAAAUUAAAAGAUAAUGGAUAAAAAAAUCCCACAAAACUAUUCAAUAACUAUUUUUAUAAUCCAUCACCAUAGUUUUCUAUUAUCCAUUUUAAUUUAGGAUAGUUUUUCAAAAAACCCAACAGAAGUAACGAAACAAAACAACACAGGAGAUGCAUCUGAAAUCCUGGUGCCAGAAACCAAAUCAACAAUUCCUCCAAAAACUUCAAACAGUGGGAUGUUCGGUGGCUUGAAGAAAGGCUUUCUCUUUGGGGGUAGUUCUAAAGAACCUUCAGCUGCAUCCACUUCAGUCAAAUCAUCCGCUCCAAAGGCUGUCCAACCUCCAAAGGCUGUCCCACCUCCAACUGUAGAGAAAGCUCAGACAGAUAUUCCAUUCAUCAGCCCAUCAACGGGGAAAACCAGCUCCGGACUUACGUUAGAUGAAGUGCAAAUGGCCAUGUCAGAAACAAAAGGACUUCUAGACAACCAAGGUAAUAAAAACCAUUUUGCUUGUUGGCUUUGACCAAAGAUCAUUAGAUGGGAAAUCCUUUGCAUGCCUGGAGUAAGAUCAUUAGAUGGAAAAUCCUUUGCAUGCCUGGAGUAAGAUCAUGAGAUGGAAAAUCCUUUCCCUACCUGGGAUUAUUUCUGUAUUUGCAGACUUUAUACCAUUUAAGGCAGCUAAAGCUAUUUAACAAUCGUGGUGAUCAAAAUCACUCCUUAUGGAUCUUAAUUUAAGACGUUUUAUUUAUUUAAUAAAUUGUUUGUUGAUAGAAUGUAAAGUUAAUGUUGUUAAAAAAAAACAAAACAAAAAAACUUUCAACUGUAGCUUAACAUUCAUUUCCCUCCAAACCUAACAUCAUAAAGUUUAACGUAAGGCUUACCUUUGUAUUAAUUAGAAAUUUAUCAUUCUCAUUUUAAUUUUUUUUGGGGGGAGGGGGGGGGGCAUGUUAGAUGUUCUUAAUGGCUCAGAUCAUUACAUUAGCAAAUCUUAACUUUUGGGCUAUACACAUUGUGACCAUUCUUGCCUUCCCAAGAUCCAGGUCAGUUAAGUCUGUUGUUACGUACUGCUACCAGUAUGGAGAAAUUAAUCUCUUAUUUAAGUAUAUGGCUCGUUCUACAAUAGUACACAACAAAAGACGAGACCAUGUGAUAAUUACAAUUGAUCAAUUUUAUUAUGUUAAUUAUAAAUUACAAAAUCAAAAAGAAAAAAAAUCAAAGCUAUUGACUUACAGAAUAAUGGUUGGCUUGUACCGGUACAAUAUUGAAGAAGGUACAAUGUUGUAAAAAGGUACAAUGAUGAAAAGGAAUCUACACACACACAGUAAACAAAUCUCUGUCUCAUAUAGCAAAGCUCUAUAGCAAAAAUAGCAAUCUCUCAAAAUAUCUCUCGUCUCCUUCCUGUCGCUCACUCUCUCUAGGCAUAUAUAUAUAUAUAUAUAGCCUUAUUCAUAGAUACUUCUCGAACGGAGUUACACAUUGUAAUCCUUUCUCAAAAUAUCUACAUAAUUCUACAGAAUUCUAAUAAUAAUACAGACCAUAGAUUUUAGUUAGUUGUAACCAAGGUCAAGAGAGGCUAUAUUUAGCUAACCACACCCUAAAUGCGGUACCGAACUUGGGUCAGCUAGAGUUCAUUCACGGGGAAAUAUGACAUGAAAACAUUGUCUAUUUUAACACUGUCAGCAAGUAAUAAAUCAUCUCCAGGGUCUGGAAGCAGUGACAAAAAGUAGGGCUUUAAUGAUUAUCUAGUAAAUUAGAUUCGGAUUGACAGUGUCUAGAAUUCAUCUGAGUCGACAGGAUUUAGUUGCCACUAGAGGCCGCUUUUGUUUGGUUAUGUUUCACUAAAUUGUUCAAAUGUUUCCAGCUGUCCUAUGCCUAUAUUAAGCAAUCAAAAAUUUCUGAAACUUCUGUUGUUUUUUUUUUCAAAACUUAUUUCCAAACACUCAGUUCAUGAUUCAAUGUUAAUUUUUCAUAAUAAUGUGUCAAUGUUAAUGUGUCAGUGAUAAUGUGUCAAUGUUGAUGUGUCAAGUUUUGUCAAACAUCGAAAUUUAGAAUCAAUGUUUUAAAUGUGUGCCGCAAAUAUUUUUGUCACAGAUUGGAUAAACGAUGACUUGCUGGGCAGAGUUGAGAACAAUGAGUUCCUCUUGAAAAGGUUUGCAGACCCACACUUCAUGAAAGCCCUGCAGGAAUUCCAGACCAGCCCUCAAGCCGCUAUGGAGAAAUACAAAAGCAACAAAGAAGUGGAGAAAUUUUUACUUGAUUUCUGUGCCCUGCUAGGUUGGUCACCAACUUAUAAGCAUUCUCUUUCUUCACCAUACUAGGUUUAUCACCAUUGACAAAUAAAUAUGUAUUCACUGAGGCAGAUUUAGACCCCCUAAAAAAUGGCAGGAUGUAACAUGAGGGGGAAAAAAUCAACAACUGAGAGGCCGCAAUCUAGACAAUGACCACUUGAAAAAUGUCUUGUCUUUUUUUCUGUUCACCCAUUAAAAAAUGAAGAGGCUGUGGUGUGAAGGAAAAAAUAAUAAUUUGGUGUGGGGGAGUGGGGUGUUAGUAGGAAGGCACAAGUUUAGAAUCAGAUACUGCUUGUUGAUAUUAUUAGAUAAGAAAGCCUACUUGUGAAACUUUAUAACCAUAAACUUGAUAUACCAAUAUACAAAAAAUUAUAAAGUGUUUGUCUUGCUGGUAUUACAGCUAAACCAUAAAUGCUGUUUGCACUGAUCAAAAAUGAUUUUUAUUUUAAAUAAACAGGUGAUCACUUCACAACCCUGGGAUCCCCAACGGCUGAUUCGGCUGGUUCUCAAAAUCUGAAUGCUACCCAACCUCCUGGAAGCUCACCAAGCGUCUCAACAACUCAAAGUGUCAAGCCACAGCCAAAGAUCAUUGAAAUCUCAGGGAACAGUUCAGCAACUGAGGAAAAUAAAAAAAUUCCCAAAAUUGUGGAACUACCAGACAGCGAUUUGGAAAAGUGCAGGGAAAAGUCUACGAAAGCUGAGGGGAAAAAAAUAAAACAAGAGGGAGGGGAUAGAAAUUCUCCCAAAAAGGUGAAAAAGAAAGCAUCUGGAAUCUCCAAGCCAGAUACAUCCAUAUUGUCGACAGAAAAAGAAAUCUUAGAUCUGGGCCCCAGGCCUGGAGACAAAAGUGACAUUAAAGAGAUUACACCUGUUGAUGAUGCCCAGGUCAAGGAAUUGCUAGAGGACCCUAAAGUUAUGGCUACUCUUCUGGAUCCGAAGAUUAUGAACCUGAUACAGACACUGAAGACAGAUCCUGAUAAGGCUCACAGGUAACUUUGACCAACAAUUCAAUACAACCUCCUAAAACUUGUUAUGUGUUUUGUGACUAGUUUUCCUUUCCUGUAGCUGGACCCUCAGUUAUGUUACAUCUAACUUAUUCAACACAUUGUUUGUGUGUUUUAUGACUAGUUUCCCUUUCCUGUAGCUGGACCCUCAGUUAUGUUGCAUCUGCUUACUUUGUAGAUGGCUUUCCUUUUUGAUUUUAGGAAUAAAUCAAUAGCUUUAUAUAUCAUAAUAGACUCUAACUUAAUUGUGAUAACAGAAUUAAUGGGAAAUUAGGUCGAGUUUAGCAUAAUUAAUAUUUAAUUAAAUUAACAUAAUGAAUUAGAGUUUUUAAGUUUGCAUAAUGAAUUUUUAAUGAUUUUUAACAAAAAUUAGCUUAUUGAAAAUUUAGUGAUUUUCUAACUGAAUUAGCUUAAUGAAUAUUUAUUUAUAUUUUAAAUGAAUUAGCUUAAUAAAUAUUUAGUGUUUAUAAUUGAAUUAGCGUUAUGAAUAUUUAGUGUGGGUUUUUUAAUUACUAAAUUAAGCUUAUACUAAAUGGUUAAAUUGUUUUGUCUUUAAUUUUUCAGUUUGGUGGAGAAAGCGGAUGCGAAUUUCAGAGACAAAAUAAGCUUUCUUGUUGGGAAAAGGCUUCUUCACUUUCAGACUUACUAACUUUCUUACUUGGCAGGAUUUGCCCUUUUUCUAUCGCAGACUUCCGAUAGCAUUCUGUGAUAAAACAUGUCGUCGAUUCUAAUGUCUUCAGAAGUGCUUUUGUAAAGAGAUAACUGACGUUAUUAUUUUUUCUGAUGGCUUGUCUGUGGAGCUGAACUGCAAUAACAUUUAUUUUAUUCAUUAUAGUAACAUUUACCUUAUUCUUCAUUUCUUUAUUAAAUAAAAAUACAUUUUGUAAAGAAAGUAUUUAGGGGUUACACUGGGAAACAUUGUUCCAUUGUGUUCUGGGCCACUGGUGAACAUGCAAGAGACAUUAACUACAUUAUAUUAGUUACUACCAGGUCUCAUUAACCAAUGCAGAGCUCCUGUACUUUCCACUUUCAACCGCUUCACAUUAGGAAUAAAUAAUUUAGCGUUUAAGAGAAGUGUACAGAAAUUGGAAUGGAUAUCGUCAAUUGGAAUAGAUAUCUUAUAUUGGAAUAGAUAUCUUAAAUUGAAAAGAUACCGUAUUUUUAAACAAGUAUUAAACUGAAGAAAACAUUUGAAGCACAUCCCAAUGUUUAUUCUUUCAUUAACACAUUCAACAAACAAGCUGAUUGUAUGUUCAUUGACACAUUCAACAAACUCCCUGACUGUAUGCACAAACAGAAAAAGGGACUCGCCGGUAAAGUAGAUGGUUCUGGAUCCUAUUUUAAGAGAUAUAACUAUAAUAAUCUGUGUCAAUAUUUUCAUAGCUAUGAUUUGACACUUCUUCACAAUCUCAAGAAUUUUUUCUCUUUUCCGAAAAAGAGGCCUCGGGUUCUCUAAAUCGGCUCUACAUCUCCACUGUAGCUGUUUCAUAAAACUAUUGGCUAGUCUCCAAGGAAUAACGGAGUCCCCGAACUACAUCAGGCUCUUUAAGUAAACAAGUUAGUGUGUGGCUUAAAAUUAAAAUUACUGUUCUUAUGACCCAGAAGCCUUUUCUUUUAAUAUGAACACAGAAAACUAUUACAUUCAAAUUUCAAGCUUUUAAACACAGAGCACAAAAUCUAUUAUAUUCAAGUAUUGAUACCCAAUCUCGUCUUAAUUCUUUCCAGGCAUCUUGCCUUUUUUUAAUUUUUAAUUUUUUUUUUUUAUUUAACUUUUAAAAAAAAAUGAAGCUUGUAAAAUUCCCCUCCGAAAACUAUUGAGGGUCUACAAAGUUCUGGCAUUUUGUGUAUUACGGUAUUUGUGUGAAUGUAUACAUAGCAUUUCAUUAUUUAAAAUGACAAUAAAUGAUUGUUACCCAACUCUA